AUGACCAGCCAGUCUCAGGGGAUCAACCAGCUCCUUCAGGCAGAAAAAAGGGCCAAGGACAAGCUGGAGGAAGCCAAGAAGAGAAAAGUAAAGCGACUGAAGCAAGCUAAGGAAGAAGCAAUGGCAGAAAUUGACCAAUACAGAAUGCAGAAAGAUAAGGAGUUUCGGCUGAAGCAAUCUAAGAUAAUGGGCUCUCAGAGUAAUCUCUCAGAUGAAAUAGAAGAGAAAAUACUAGAGAAGAUACAAGCACUGAACGGAAGCUACAACAAGUAUAUGGAAAGUGUGAUAACACAGCUUUUGAGCAUGGUCUGUGACAUGAAACCAGAAAUCCACGUGAACUACAGAGCCACCAACUGA